AUGAUAAGGUCUCAACAAGAACGCGAGGAAGAAGAUGAAGAUGCUCCAGUGUAUACAUGGGCGGGAUUCAAGGAAGAGUUUAACGCAAAGUAUUUUCCCAAGAGAUGGAAGGAAGAAAGAAUCUGGGAGUUUAUGAGACUCAAGCAGACUGAUGAGAUGUUUGUGAAUCAAUACGACAACAGAUUCACUCAGCUGGUUAAGUACGUGCCUAUGUACAAAACCGACGAAAGUCAGAAAGCACAGAAGUUUGUUUCAGGAUUACAAGUAAGCUUUCAACAAGUGUUAAGCGGAUGGGACAUUGACACUUACAAGGAAGCGUUACACCGAGCUCUAACCAUUGAGAGAAACCUAACACGGGUGAAAAUAAUCAAGAUUGAAGAAGGGAGCAAGGGCAGUAAGUCGGGAAAUGUAACUGCUCAAUCUAAGGAUGACAGGAAGUGCCCUCGGUGUAAGAAGAAACACUUUGGAAAAAAAUGCAUCGUAAAAUGCUAUGCCUACGGCGAAGAAGGCCACAUUGGAAGAAACUGCCCGAAGAUCAAAGGAACGCCCCAAGUCGAGUACCAGGAAAAAAUGGUGUGCUACAAUUGCGGGCAAUUGGGGCAUAUCUCACAGGAGUGUCCAAAGAGACAAAAGAUGGAACCACCAAGUGGAAGAGCAUCGAACGUUCGUCCUAGCCGAGUGUACAAUUUGACUUGUGAGGAUGCUGAGGCCAAUCCUAUAGUAAUUGAAGGUACACUGUUCUUUUCAAACAUUCCAGUUCAUGCUUUAAUAGAUCCAGGUGCUACGCAUUCCUUUGUUUCGCAUGCAUCAGUAGAAAGUCUAAAGCUAGAACCUAGGGAGUUGGGUUAUCAAAUGUUAAUAGCUACGCCUAUGGGUUCAACCCUAGAGACAGCAUUGGGAUGCCAAGGUUGUAAUCUGGAUAUAAGGGGGGAAAGUUUCAAGAUAAACUUAGCCGUGUUAGAUAUUCACGAUUUCGAUGUAAUUAUAGGAAUGGAUUUCCUAUCAACACAUGAGGCUAAGGUGGAUUGCAAGAACAAGACCGCGAGUUUACGCUAA